AUGGAUCCAGUAACGGCUAUUUCAUUGGCAUCUAAUGUCAUUGCAUUUGUCCAAUUUGCGUCAGAUCUUGUCAAAUCCACCCGGGAGAUACACGGGUCGACCACCGGCUGUGCUACGGAUGUCAGAUCAUUGGACCAAAUCUAUAGCCGUCUGCGGAUUUUAAGUGAUACCCUCCAAACUACAAGAUACGGGGACCGCUCAGCAUCCAGAAACACAACUGAGGAAUCCGGAUAUUUGGGAACUCACAACGUGGAGUCGAUGAAUAUUCAUGGCUUGGCAGCCUUGUGCAAAGGCGACUGUGAUUCUCUCUUGGAGAUUACGCGGCAAUUGAAGUCAGGCUCCCCCUCGACGAGCAAAUGGCGUAGUUUCCGAAUCGCACUGAAGAAGGCAUGGAAGCAAAAGGAUAUCACUGAACUGGAGCAACGGCUCAGCAAGGUUCAAUCAACCAUCACCUUGGAAACGUGCACAUCGAUGAACAUGCUUCAUUUGAACCACUCCCGUGAUCUUGAAGUCUUGCGACAUAGAAGUGAAGAACUACACGCAGAUCAAAAAGCUGGACUGCAAUAUAUUCUGAAUUCUCUGGCAGAUCUCAAAGCUAAGUUGGAGUUUGUGGGUGGGGACCCAAAGCGAAUGAUGACAGUUGACGAAGUCCGGAAGGUCGAGCAGCAGUUCAGCCGACUGAGGCUCUCGGAGACCGACAUUGCGAAAGAACAGGCUAUAAUUAAGAGUCUCAUGUUUCAAAGCCUGUCCGCUCGGUACGAAGCCAUCCCAGAGGCACACCGUCAGACUUUCAAAUGGGGCUUAGAAGACAGGGGUAAUGACACAGAAAAUUGCGACCUUUCAACCCGGAGCGAGUCUCUGGGACAUUGGUUGCAGAAUGGAGAGGGUGUGUUCUGGGUUUCAGGAAAGCCCGGCUCUGGGAAAUCCACCCUCAUGAAGUUUAUCAGCACAGAGCCAAGAACAAUGGACCUACUCUCCAGAUGGGCGUUUCCAAAAAAGGCUGUCAUCGUUAACCACUAUUUCUGGAACGGUGGAACGCCAAUGCAAAGAUCUCUCCACGGCCUUCUACAGACGCUCCUACAUGAAGUUGUUCGACAGUGUCCUCGUAUUAUCCAGACCAUCUGUCCGGCCCAUUGGGCCAGCCCAUCGCUAUCCUGGACCAUCUCAACACUGAGGACAUCUUUCGAGAUUUUCGUCAGCCGCUGCGAAGAUAUCGAUUUAAAGUUUUGUUUCUUUAUCGAUGGCUUGGAUGAGCAUGAUGGCGAUCACGCAGAAUUAUGCAAAAUCUUCAGCGGCAUUGCCAAGUCUGUCAACAUAAAGGUUUGCCUUUCUAGUCGGCCUUGGAACGUAUACGAUGAAGCCUUCGGACAUGGAACGGCCAAACUUCAUGUUCAUGAGUUGACGAAGAUGGACAUCAGAAGUUAUGCGGCAAGCCGCUUGCAUGGACAUCCUCGGUGGAACUUGGUAAUCACCAAUUUGGAGGAUGGACAGUGGCUGGUUGACCAGAUAACAGACAGAGCGUGGGGUGUCUUUCUUUGGGCCACUCUCGUCACCAAACUGCUCCUGGACGGUCUUACAAAUCGAGACCGUUUCUCGGAUAUGCGACGUCGGCUGGAUAGCUUCCCCACUGAGCUCGAACCCUUCUUCAUGAAGAUAUUAACAUCAGUCGAGCCAUUCUAUCGCAGCAAGACGGCAACAAUGCUACUCAUGGCACUGGCAGCGAAAGAUCCUCUGCACUACCUCUGUUACGAAUUUCAUGACCAGGAGUACGACGAUAGAGCAUACGCUUUGAAGAUGGUAUCCCAACCGUUGACCGAGGUCGAGCUAAAAGACAUCAGGGAAUCCACAACAAGUCGACUGGACAGCAGAACACGUGGGCUACUCGAAAUUCCGCCGCAGAGCAAUAAUGUGACGUUCUUGCACCGCACAGUGAUGGAUUUCCUGAACAAUGAGGUCAUGAGACGGUACCUCCAUGCUCAAGUCACUUCGACUUGGAACUUCGACGCUGAUCUCAGCAUUCUCAAAGCCCACCUGGCAUUCAUCAAGGCCAUCCAAAGAAGAGGAGAAGUCAAUCGUGUUCGUUUCGGCAAGUUUGAGAUAUUCAAUAAUUCGGCCGAGGAUUCCUUCGAGGAUUCCUUCGAGGAUUCGGUCGAGGGUUCAGUCGAAGGUUCAGUCGAAGGUUCAGUCGAGGAUUUAUACGAAGAUAUCGUUGAGGAAAUCGAUGCAAGUGAAUGUGAAGGAGUGACGUUUGACACAAUCACAAGCAAGGCACUUGUGUAUGGUGCUCGUGUCGACGCCGAGAGCCGUUCGGAUCUAAGUGAGGAAUUGACUCAGAUCUUUGAAGAGAUGGAGAGAGUGUUAAUGCAAUGUGAAUUCGCCAUUGAGGAUGGCUGUCAUGCCGACGCCCACUUCCGGGAGCAGCUUGUCAUUUCACAAGCAUUCAACUACUUGGACAGAAAGAUUCUCGAGGAUCCAGCGUACGUUCGCAAUCUGGGAGGGGACCUGGCUAUGCACUUGGUAUGGCAUUGCUACAACAUUCCAGAGAGGGCCAUAUCACCGGGUGGGAUGGUAGCGGUGGAUAAAAAUGCUGAUCUUUUCCGGACGGGCUUGAGGAUUCUUCGGCGGUCCGUGGAAGCUCAUUUCAUUGAUCCUGCUAGGAUGGAACACAAUGGGGCCACUGCGUGGUCCAGUCUUCUCAGUCUUCUGGUCCGAGCAUCUCCACAACGCCGGCUGCUCCUAAUUGGGUUGCUGGAGAACGACAUAAUUCUUAAUCUUCUACAACAGGGAGCUGAUCCAACUGCUAAUCUUGAUCCAAAUAUGCUGGUGAAGAAGGCGGAAGGCUCGACCUGUCUCGUCAAAGGCAUCCAGGAGGCCGUACGAGGUGUAAUGAGCCCUGAAAAAUAUGAGUCCCUGAGCUUAGAGUACCCAGAUCUGGUUCCUGACAAGGGCAGAAAACGGAAGUCGAAGGCGAUGGCCAUUGGCGAUGACACAGUGGGCGACUCUGAGCUGGAAAAUACCGUUGAGGUAAUGAAAAUCGCCGUUCGACAUCACGAGUUCUGA